AUGGGAGUUCCAAAAUUUUACCGAUGGAUCUCGGAGCGCUACCCUUGUCUCAGCGAAGUUGUGAAGGAACACCAGAUUCCAGAGUUUGACAACUUGUAUCUGGACAUGAAUGGCAUCAUCCACCAGUGUUCUCACCCAAAUGACGAAGAUGUCCACUUUCGAAUCUCAGAAGAAAAGAUUUUUGCUGACAUCUUUCAUUACCUGGAGGUUCUCUUCAGGAUCAUCAAGCCACGUAAGGUCUUUUUCAUGGCUGUGGAUGGUGUGGCACCAAGAGCAAAGAUGAACCAGCAAAGAGGCAGGAGAUUCAGGUCUGCCAAAGAAGCAGAGGAUAAGAUCAAAAAAGCUCUGGAUAAAGGAGAGGUGCUUCCCACGGAAGCUCGUUUCGACUCCAACUGUAUCACUCCUGGUACAGAUUUCAUGGCGAGACUCCAAGAACAGCUCAAAUACUUUGUCCACAACAAGCUCUCCACUGACAAGCUGUGGCAGAAUGUCCGAAUCUACCUGUCUGGCCACGAGACACCCGGGGAAGGAGAGCAUAAGAUCAUGGAGUUCAUUCGGUCUGAGAAUGCGAAGCCAGAUCACGAUCCGAACACUCGACACUGCCUGUACGGCCUGGACGCUGACCUGGUUAUGUUGGGUCUGACAAGCCACGAGCCAAAUUUCUCUCUGCUCAGGGAGGAAGUUCGCUUCGGGGGAAAGAAAUCCCAGAAAAGGAUAACGGCUCCAGAGGAAACUACUUUUCAUUUGCUCCACUUGUCUCUGAUGAGAGAAUACAUCGACUAUGAGUUCGCUGAGCUCAAGAAUCAGAUUGGUUCUGAUUAUGACCUGGAGCGAAUAAUAGACGACUGGAUUCUGAUGGGCUUCCUGGUAGGAAACGACUUCAUCCCUCACCUCCCUCACCUUCACAUCAAUCACGAUGCCUUACCGUUGUUGUACAAGACCUAUAUCAGUGUACUGCCCAGCCUGGGAGGUUAUCUGAAUGAAAAUGGUCACCUGAACCUUAGAAACUUUGAAAAGUACUUGGAGAAGCUUUCUGAGUUUGACCGGGAACAUUUCAGCGAGGUGUUUGUGGACUUGAAGUGGUUCGAGAGUAAAGUUGGUAACAAAUAUCUCAACGAGGCGGCAGGGCUGGCCGCCGAGAAAGAAGCCGCCGCCGCCGCUGCCGCUGCUGCAGACAGCAGCAACGAUGAGGAUCCCGCCCUCUGCCUCGCGGCCCCGACCGCCGCAGAAAAGACGACUGGAGAAGGAAAACCAGCCGUGGCCGACGACGAGGAAGAGGAGGACGACAUCUUUGAGACGGAGUUCAGACAGUACAAGCGCACGUACUAUAUGACCAAGAUGGGUGUGGAUGUGGUGUCUGACGAAUUUCUCGCAAGUCAAGCAAAGUGUUACGUGGAGGGAAUCCAGUGGAUCCUGCAUUACUAUUACCACGGAGUUCAGUCCUGGAGCUGGUACUACCCCCACCACUACGCCCCCUUCUUGUCUGACAUCAGGAAUAUAUCGGGGCUGACGUUGACCUUUGACCUUGGGAAGCCCUUCAUGCCUUUCCAGCAGCUGUUGGCCGUCCUGCCGGCUGCCAGCAUGGCGCUGCUGCCCGAAUGCUACCGGCACUUGAUGACGAGUGAAAGGUCGCCCAUCAUUGAGUACUACCCCCUUGACUUCAAAACUGACCUCAAUGGCAAGCAGCAGGAAUGGGAAGCUGUUGUGCUAAUUCCGUUUAUAGACGAGAGAUGCUUGCUCGCCGCCAUGGAACCCUGCAAUAACAAGCUGACAAAAGAAGAGAAGUCCCGGAAUCGUCACACCGAGUGUGCCGUCUACUCCUACGACCCCGAAACGGACUUCACGUACAGCUCCGCCCUGCCGAAGCUGUUCCCGGACAUCGUGCACUGCCACGUCAGGAAAGCAUACAUUCCCAUUGAUGCCUGGAAAGUGGCUUUGGACCACAAGAGCAAACGUGUUGACCGCUCCGUUCUGUAUUUCUGUGGAUUCCCAACCCUGCAUCACAUCAAGCAUAAGUUUUAUAAGAAGAAGAGUGGGGUAGUCGUGUUCCAGCAGAGCAGCAGAGGCGAGAACAUGAUGCUGGAUAUUCUUUCCGACCAGGACGGGGAAAAGCUGUGUGACAAUGUUGCUGCAGAUGUACUGGGCAAGUCUGUUUUUGUGAAUUGGCCCCAUCUAGAGGAAGCUCGCAUUGUUGCCGUGUCGGAUGGAGACACCAAGUUUUCUCUGGAGGAACCCCCAGGUGUCCAGCAACUGUACAACAGGCCGUCCUCUCCUCCCCCCACCAAGAUCACCUGUCUGUCUGACAAGGAGGAGAAAGAAUGGGUGAAAGAUGUCCAGGGGAUAACUGAACACUACCUGAAGAGGAAAGGCAUCGUGAUCAACGAGACUGCGGUGGUUUUGUACGGCCAGCUGCUGACGGGAAGGAAAUAUGUCCCCAAAGCCAACGGAGUAGUGGAGCUGGAGAAACAGUGGGCCAAACAGGUCCUGCCUUUCGCCUACCAGACCGUGGUCAAGGACAUCAAGGCCUUUUACUCAUCUCUGACCUGCUUUAAGAGCUUAGACGAGCUCUUUCCUCCAACCACCUCCGUCUUCAUGGUGGGAAACCCGUACUACGGUGCCAUGGGAGAGGUGCAAGACUCCCAGGAUGUCCUGAAAGACGGCAGAGUCAGGGUGGUCUUCAACGUGCCACACGAGCCCCAGCUGGAGUCCUUAAUCCAGAAUCAACAUAAAUACUGUGUGAAAUACAACCCCGGCUACAUCCUGGCUUCCCGGUUGGGCAUCACCAGCUAUCUGGUCUCCCGCUUCUCAGGAAGCAUCUUCAUUGGCCGAGGAUCUAAGAAGAACCCCUGCGGCGAGCAGAAGGCCAAUGUUGGCCUCAACCUGAAGUUCAACAAGAAAAACGAGGAAGUUCCUGGAUACACAAAGAGAACCGAGAAAGAGUGGCUCUACUCGGCGGCCGUGGAGGAGCUGCUGGCCGAAUACCUGGACAGAUUCUCGGAGGUGUUUGACACCGUAUCCAGAAACAGCCAUGACGAUGUUUUCUAUGAAGAUGACAUCUGGCCUGGAGAGGACCAGAACGGGGCAGAGAAAGUGGCUGAGAUCACCUCGUGGUUGAAAGGCCACCCGGUCAGCUCCAUUAGCAGAACGUCAUGUGACCUCCAGGUGCUGGACGCCGUCAUCGUGGAAAGGAUUGAGGAGUUGGUGGAGAAGGCCAAGGUGAAGAAGAGCAGCAAAAAAGUGCGUGUGACGGUCAAGCCUCAUCUCCUGUUCAGACCCUUGGAGCAGCAGCAGGGAGUGGUUCCAGACCCGGAGGCAGACUAUCGCCUGUUCGACAGAGUUGUCAACAUCCGGGAGAGUUUCACCGUCCCGCUGGGACUUCGAGGGACUGUCAUCGGCAUUAAAGGAGCGGACCGUGAGGCGGAGGUUCUCUAUGAAGUUCUGUUUGAUGAAGAGUUUGCUGGAGGCCUGAACAUCAGGUGUUCUUCUUCUCGAGGGUAUCGCCUCCCUCCUUGUGCUCUGAUCAACAUUUCCCACGGAGGUCGAGUGAAUCACAAACUCACCGCCAUCGUCAAGCCUCAGCCCGCCACCGGCGCCAACUUCAACUCCCAGCGCCAUCUGGCGGGCCUCAACCACUCCCCGCGCUCGCCCUUCGUGCCCACACAGCAUAACAGCAAAGGCGGCGCGGUGAAGGCGUCGUCGCAGGGAAACAGAAACUCGCCCUCUAAAGGUCCCAUCCAGAGACAGCAGGCCAAGAGUAAAGAAGAGUACAAUAACGUUUGGCAGUGUCUGCUGAACGCCGGCCCUCCCAACAAUCCUCCCGCUCACUGGCACAAUAAUGAAGGACAUUACCAGCAGGACAAAACCCAACCUGCCAACAAAGCUACUCCGGCCGGAGCCAUCAGACUGCUGAAGAAAAAUGAAGACGUCAGCUCCCUUUUCCCCAUGCAGAACACUGCGAAGAAGGCUUCUACUGAAUUUGAGGACCUCAUUGCCAGUCUGAAGAUCAGCAGCCAGCAAGCCCCGCCCACUCCCGCUGCUCCGCAGCCACCCGUGAACCCGGCGGAGGGCCCGCUGUCGCCCCAGUCGUUCGCCAUGAAGGGAACCCUGGUCCUGAAGGAGAUGCUGAAGAUCGACGGCGCCGGAACGGGAGCUCCACCGACGCAAGAGUCGGCGAACGGCGGCUACCCGGCUGGCCAGCAGCAGAACCGGAGACGAUCCUCCAAGAAACUUGCUGCGAAUAUGAGCGCCCCCCUCAGCGACGCAGCGGUCUCGCCGUCGCCGGCCGCAGCUGCUUCCCCCAACGCCGUGAUGAACAGUAAGGUGUCGGAGCUGGCCUGUGUCUGCGCCCGGUUAGGCAUGGCGCCGCCCGAGUUCAGCUACAUCGGCAACAGACAGGGUCUGGUCGUCUGCCAGGUGAAGCUCUCCAAUGGGCUGAUGGUUCACGGCCCUCAGAGCCAAUCAGAGAACGACGCCAAGGAGAAGGCUGCCUUCUUUGCUCUCCAGAGACUGAACUCAGUGGGGUCGGGUUUCCCCCUCCCACCUCCUCUGUACCAAGGAAUGGGUCAGAUACGGCCUUCAGCCAUCGGACCCAUGACCCCGGUCUUCAGCCAACAAGGUGGCCUGCUGUUGCCCCCUCAGGGUUACCCCCCCGGCCCUCUGUGGGGCAUGACGCUGCCUCCUCACCACCACCCCAGCCAGCCUUUCUUCGGAGCGGCGGGGACGUUCCCCGGCGCCGGCGCCCGGCCACAGCCGGCCGCAGCGCUGCCCAUCGGCUCACACAACCAGUUCAUCCCGCUGCAGGUGACGAAGAAGCGAGUGUCGGCCAACAAAAAGAACCAGGAAACGCGCGAGUUUUACAGCGCCGCCCAGGCCGUCUCCAAAAACCAAGCCCAGAGAGCCCAGCAGCCCGCCGCCGCCGCCGCCGCCGCCGCCCAACCCCCAGCUCACACUGACUCUCGGAGAGCCGACCAGCCGCGCCACCACGCCGCCAACAGCGAGCCGUCUUCGGACUCCACGGCGACGGCGGCGCCGCACACGCCGCCGCGGCAACAAAACCCGCCAGCGGCAGCAGGCCACACCCCCGGCUCCGCCUCCAAGAGGAAGCACAGGAAGUUAGCUGUCAACUUUGGCGCCGCCAAAGUGUCAGAGUGACGAGCUGGUGGUGUGUGUGCGGUGUGAGAGGAGGGAUUUGUGUGUGUGUGUGUGUCGUCGUCUGGCAAAAAAAAAAAGUCCACCUUUGUUAAUGUGACGCCUUUCGUUCAUUCUACAUUUCCGAGCGGAGAGCAGGUUUAGUUUGCAAACUAAAAGUUUUUAAGUCCCAUUUUUACUCAAACAUCCACCGAACCUGAUCCCCCUGAGAGGCCUUUCUCAGACAUCUCUAUGUCGCUGACGGAACCAAGUGCAUUGUGGGAGCAUAUCUUAUUUUUUUUGGAAUCGGUGUUUUUUAGCUUGAAUUAAGAUAAUUUGUACUCUUCAGCUCAACUAUGAGGAUACCUCAGAUUCACAUUAACAAGCGUUUUAUCUUUGUAAUCCUGCCUUUUCACGCCGUCGGUUUCCAUCCACUUUGCACUCUGAGUCAUUGCUGAGAUCACAGAAAACAGAUCACGGUAGUUGUCAAGAGUUACUCAGACAUAUUUAAGAGGAUGUGUUUACUCAUUAACGUGUACGUCUCAAAUUGACAAAAAUGUAUUAGAAUUUUUAGAGCCCACAUGUUUUGCGGGGUUUGUAUUAAUGAGAACCCAAAGAGACUCUGUGUAUUUUGAACAAAAAGAUGAAAAUUAAAGGAAAAAAGAAAUUGCUGCCAUAUUAUUUUAAACAUUGACGGAACAGUUUAAGUUCAGCUCGGCUUCCAUCCAACUGGUCGUUUGAGUGUUUUUAUUGCAGUCAAGAGUUUCUGCCGCUUGAAGCUGCCGCUGCUUUUUUUUUAGAGGUUUGAUUCCCUCGAAGAUCUCAGCCUCGACUGUGUUGUGCGUCGUUUUCGUUUCUCUGACAAAAUCUAAGAAUAUCGCUCACAUGGAAAUAAACAGACGAUUAGCAGAUUUGGAAAAAUAUUCUCCUCCUGGUUAAUACUGAUAAAAAAAAAAAAUUCCCCCCCCCCCAUCAAUGCAUUGCAACUGCAACUUAAACAGAAGCGACUAUAUUUAAGCCAACAAUGCAUUUUUUUUUUUUUUUUU